GGCGGGCAGGCGGAGGCUGCUGCUGGCUGCGUGCCCCCCACCACCCCCAGCCCGCCCGUGAGCCCCCCUGCCGCUGGGAAGCAAGCAGCCUCCUUUGCUCCUCUCUCGCUUUGGCUUGCAAGACCCUCCUCGCCUUCUUGUAAAGGACAAAUGUUGCUGGACAUGCUGCUGCUGCUGCCGCCGCCGCCUCGCUCAGCCUGAGCAGGAUUAGUAGCCGGGCUCGCCCAGUACGCACGGAGGGGCCGCCGCCGGCCCGGGCCCGGCAUUGCUCUCGCCCGCUCACUGCACCCCAGAGAAUCCCCGCCGCCGCCGCCGCCGCCCGCUUCCCCGAUGCCGAGGCAUGGAUAAAGCGGCGGCCGCAGCAGCAGCCGCCGCCGCCCCGCCGCCGAGGAUGGUGGAGAAGAGAGCCGGGGCCGCCGCCGCCGCCGCCCCCCAGCGCGACCCCCGCCACGGCCGGGACGGCUGCGCCCUGCAGCAGUGCCGGCAGCUGCAGGACCUGAUCGACAUCUCGCUCUCCAGCCUGCGGGGGCUCCGCACCAAGUGCGCCGCCUCCAACGACCUCACGCAGCAGGAGAUCCGCACCUUGGAGGUGAAGUUGGUGCGCUAUAUCAGCAUCCAGCUGCAGUGCAAAGCCAAUGUCCCCCUGAAUGCCCGGACAGCCGAGCUGAACAGUUAUCCGAGGUUUAGUGACUGGCUGCAUCUCGUCAACGUGCGGAAGGACAUCAUCCAGAGAAUCCCCGAAGAGCUGACUCUGGAUGCCUUGCUGGAAAUGAAUGAGUCGAAAGUUAAGGAAACCAUGAAGCGGUGCGGAGCCAGCCCUGAGGAGUGCUCCCGGCUGAACGGGGCCCUGGCUUGCUUGCGGAAAGUGAUCCGGGCAGGCGGAGAAUUCAAGGACGAUCUGGUGUGGAACCCGCCGGACGUGCGCCGGGAGGGGGGCUUAGUGCCUCCUUCGGAACUCUCGCCCGGCCCCAUGGGGCUGACGUGGAUACAUGGCAGCAUGCCCUCGUUGAAGGGCAACGGGCAGCAGACCCGCUCCGUCUCGGUGUCCACCCUCCCAUCCUCAGACAGCCUCCCCACGAGCCAAGGGGCUCCCCCCUGCGCCAACAGCCUCUUGGAGUCGUUUGCCUUCCCCACCCACUGUGGCAGACGCAACCUUAGGACUCCUCACAGCAUCACCGUCACGCCACCCACCACACCCCAGCUGAAGGGCGGGAAGCCGCCGCGGACGCCCCCUCCCCCUUGCCGGAAGGUUUUCCAGCUGCUCCCCAACUUCCCGACGCUCACGAGGAGCAAGUCCCACGAAUCUCAGCUUGGCCACAGGAUCGAUGAAGUUCCCCCCAUGAAAUUCGAUCUUCCCCAGGGAUCUCCUCAAGCGGUACGAAGGGACAUCGGCCUGUCUGUAACACACAGAUUCUCAACCAAGUCCUGGCUCUCUCAGAUGUGCCACGUAUGUCAUAAAAGCAUGAUGUUCGGAGUGAAGUGCAAGCACUGCAAAUUAAAGUGUCAUAACAAAUGUACCAAAGAAGCCCCUCCCUGUAGAAUAUCUUUCAUACCCCGUGGGAUUGAGGCGGUCAAGAUGGGAUUGAGGCGGACGGAAUCUGUCCCUUCCGAUAUCAAUAACCCAGUGGACCGGCCUUUGGAGCCACAGUUCGGGACUCUUCCGAAAGCGCUAACUAAAAAGGACCACCCACCGGCGGUGAACCAUCUCGACUCCAGCAGCAACCCCUCUUCCACCACCUCCUCCACGCCAUCGUCUCCUGCUCCCUUCCAGUCUUCCAACCCCCCCAGUGCAACACCUCCCCCCAAUCCGUCUCCCAUGGGCCAACGGGACAGCCGGUUUAACUUCCCAGCUGCCUACUACAUUCAGCAUAGACAACAGUUUAUAUUUCCAGAGAUUCCCAAUACCCCACAUGUAACGCAGCUGCCUGAAACUGCCGAGACUUCAAAUGCUGACGAACACCUAGAAACGGAUGGGGUUGAAGACCGUGACGCAGAGCAUGUGGAAGAGCAGGAGCAGAACAAGUCCGAAGCGGAAGACGACGAAGACGAGGUGGAGGACCUGCCGAACCGGAGGACGUGCUGGCGGCGCAUGAUCUACCGCAAGGCCAGCCAGACGAGCGUCUACCUGCAGGAGUGGGACAUUCCCUUCGAGCAGGUCGAGCUGGGCGACCCCAUUGGCCAGGGGCGGUGGGGCAAGGUGUACCGGGGCCGGUGGCACGGGGAGGUGGCCAUCCGGCUGCUGGAGAUCGACGGCAACAACCAGGACCACCUCAAGCUCUUCAAGAAGGAGGUGAUGAACUACCGGCAGACCCGGCACGAGAACGUGGUGCUCUUCAUGGGGGCCUGCAUGAACCCGCCUCACCUGGCGAUUAUUACAAGCUUCUGCAAAGGGAGGACGCUUCACUCGUUCGUAAGGGACCCCAAAACCCAUCUGGAUAUCAACACGACCAGGCAAAUCGCCCAGGAGAUUAUUAAGGGCAUGGGGUAUCUUCACGCCAAAGGGAUUGUGCACAAAGACCUCAAGUCCAAGAAUGUGUUCUAUGACAAUGGCAAAGUUGUGAUCACGGACUUUGGUCUUUUCGGAAUUUCCGGCGUGGUUCAGGAGGGAAGGCGUGAGAACGAGCUCAAGUUGCCGCAUGACUGGCUGUGCUACCUGGCUCCGGAAAUUGUGCGCGAAAUGGCACCCGGGAAAGACGAAGACAAGUUGCCUUUCUCCAAAGCAGCUGACAUUUACGCUUUCGGGACCGUGUGGUAUGAACUCCAAGCCAGAGAGUGGCCGUUCCGGAGCCAGCCGGCUGAGGCGCUGAUCUGGCAGAUCGGGAGCGGCGAAGGGAUGAAGCAAGUCCUCGCUGCCAGUAGCCUGGGCAAGGAAGUGGGCGAAAUCCUCUCCGCCUGUUGGUCUUUCGAUCUCAGCGAGCGGCCCAGCUUCACUCUCUUGAUGGAAAUGCUUGAAAAGCUGCGCAAACUUAACCGGAGGCUCUCUCACCCGGGACACUUCUGGAAAUCAGCUGACGGGAGCAAAGUUGUCAUCCGGUUUGAAAGAUUUGGAUUUGAGUAAUUAUAGCCGUUGUUCGUGUUUCCAGUCCGUACCACUUGCAUACCUAAACGUCUGCUGGACCCUUUCACUUACCUUCCUAAAUAACGGAAGGGGUGGGCCCCAGCCACCGCCCCGUGGGAUUCAUUCAGACGGGAGUUCAGUUUGCUUUUGACACCUUGAGUUCCAAUGUGGAGUCAGCAACUGUACUUCAAAAAUGUUUACAUUCUGAUUCCCCCACCCCCACCCCCUGUGUGAAUUAUAUGCUGAAUGGCUAAUAAUAAAUGUGAUAUAAGAGGGUUUUUUUAAUUUAAAAGUUCUUUGUUCUUUUGUUUUGCUUUGCAAAUGUUCAUGUGGCAUUGUAAAGCAACCUGUUUUAACUCCUUGGUUUCAUCUGUGAAGUUGCUUAAGGUUUAAAUGCACAAGUAAGGCAGUGCUCGGCUUUUGAAAGUUUGGCUAAAUUUGCGGAGGUCACGUGUGAAACUCAGCAUUGUUCCGAGGUGCUCUGGAGAAAAACAGAGCCAAGGCGGAGCAAGAGGAGAGCUGUUUAGUUUCACCCCCAAUCCUUUAAAAUCGUACCCCACCCUGAAAAUCAGUCAAAUGGCCCUCAUUUCAAUGUUUUCAAAUGAAGCCAUGAAAUUGCAGGGCAUUUGGGCCUAAAACCCUUUGGAGGUGAAGGUUGCCUGCCUCUUAGGAUGGAUUUUCACGAAAAAUUUAAAUCGCAUGAUUGGCUCAACUGUCAUGGGAAGCCCACAAGGGAUGCUGCAAAUUGAAGUUCUUGGGAGCUUGGAAGUGGUGUGUGGACAGUGCCCACUAAAAUGCAGCUCUUCACUUGGGAAGCAGCUAAAUGGAAAUGGAAUGAAACUGAUAAAUGGACGCUGUGUUGUUGCGGAGGAUUCAAGUGCAAAUUGACUGUGGCACACAGUUUUUACUAAAAGGCAAGCUUCUUGUUCUCAUGAUUUUAUUGGGUGGGGGUGGGAGUGUCUCGGAAGCACAUGGGAGGUAGGCCAGAAUCUCGGCGGGGGGUGGGGUGAUUACUGUGCUAGGAAGGGUCAUUCUGUGGUCCUUGAUAACCACUAUUGCAGAGGUAUUGCAUAACCACAUUUCUCCCUAUGAGAAAUGGCAAUGACGAUAUGCUGCUUCCCACACCCUCUAAAAUUUCCCCUCUGAAAAGUGGUGCAUAUCAAAAGAAAGAGGAGAUAUUGUACUCUUUUUUUUGUUUAAAAAAUAAACUUCCAAUAAAUACUUGGCCAUUUCCUCACAAACAAACAAACAAACAAACAAACAAACAAACAAACAAACAAACAAAUAAACAAAAACAAACAAAAAAAAAACCCCACCAAAAAACUUUAAGUUCAAAAAAAUGUGCAAGGCACCGAAGCAGAUUCCUCGUUGCCGUGACAGCACAGGCACUGUCCAAUAGUUCCUUGGCAUCUCAUCAGACCCUUGUAAGUCUUAGAAGACUGAGAAAGGGGGAAAGGCUGGAAGGUUUUCGGGUUGUUGGUAUUGAGCUGGAGGUCACAUCAGACCCAUUUCCUGAAGUUUCUCGAGGCGGCCUCAGAUUCUUUGUUAGAUUGGGAUGAUUUUGUUUUUCUAGAGAAGAGGAGCUUGAACUGGAUUUCUAGUGAGAAGAGAGGUUCGACGUGGUAGUUAACACUGACAGUAGUUUAGAAGUGGGGGGAAGAAGUGGGGAUUAGGGGGAGACCGCUGAACUUGACAGAUCUCUUGGUGGUGACAGCGGUUGCAGGAAAAGGUUUUCUGUGUCUUGCACCAUGGCUACUGCCUGCUAACCUGUGGCAACGGCGCGGCACCCCCUGCAUUUUAGAAGGUGGCCCUCCUGAGGUGUGUGGCUCGGGGAUGUUCCUGGCAAUCACACGCGCCACUGCAGCCUCACGAGAUGCACUGCCAAGGACGAGGCUGUCGCUCAGGGCGGGAGCAUUUGUUCUGCAUGCCGAAGGCCACAGAUUCAGUCCCUGGCAGCAUCUCCAAGCAGGGGGAAAGGCCUUUUUCUGAGACCUGGCUGCUGCCAUUCUGCGCAGACAACGCUGCCAGGUGUGAGCCAAGGGUCUGACUGAGUAUGAGGCAGCUUCAUACAUUGGCCUUGGCCAGGAGCACCCACAGCCCAGCGGCUGCUUUGCAUGCAGGAGGUCUUGGGUUCGAAACCAGGAAGCAUCUCCAGGUAGGACAGGAACCCUGGAGGAGAAAAGUCCUCUGGAACCUGGGAGUCUGGAACCCGGGAGAAAAGCCCUCUGCAGACAAUACUGAGCUAGACGGACCCAGAGGUCCGUAGGAAGCCGCUUUCUCUGUUAAUCAUAGACCCAAAUUCUGCGUUUGGUUGUGGAAACCAUUUUCCUGGCCCAAACUCUCUUCCCCCUGCCCGGUUCCCAGUAAGCCUUGAAUUUGGCUGGCUGGCUAGGGUGUGACCUGGAGAAAGGUGCUCAGGAGAUGCUAGGCUGAUUCACUUGCAGUCAACCAUGCCACAAGGUUGGGUGGUGCAAAGGUUGCUUUGAGGCAGGGAGGAAUCAGGUGCCACUUGGGCCAUAUUGUGUGUGUGUGUGUGUUUUCCUUAUGCUUCCCAAUAGUCUGUUUUUGGGGUUUUGUUUUGUUUUUUAGGUAGGAAUGUCCUUCCUGGAUCAAGCUACUCUCUCUCUAAUCCAGGGUUGUCUUAUUGAUGCUUCUGAAGGCUCACCAGCCGGGCUUGGGGGAAAUGCCGUUCCUAGCAACAGAGCUAGUUCCCAGAAUGUGGUGUAGUGGUUAGGGUGCUGGAUUAAGGACCAGGGAGUCACAAGUUUGAAUCUCCGUUCAGCCAUGAAAUUCGCUGGAUGACUCUGGGCCAGUCACUUAACUCUCAGCCUAACCUACCUCACAGGGUUGUUGUGAGGAGAAACAUAACCAUAUACACCACUUUGGGCUUCUUGGAGGAAGAGUGGGAUAUAAAUGUAACAAUAAAACUGGUAUUUGGAGAGUCACUGCCUCUGUAUAUGGAGGCUCCACGAAGCAAAAAGCUGCUAAUAGACCUGCUAUCUAAUCCUUUUGAGAUGAAACAAAACACCUGUGGUUUUUAAAAAAAAUAAAAUAAUGCUCCUUCAGAAUAUGCCCAUAGACAGCAAAUGGGGAUCUGGUGAUUUACCACUGUUUACACUGUGUAAAAGGGAGACUGGAGGCCAUCUAACAGAACGUUGCACAGCAAAAGGGAUCCGUGUUUGUUCAUAAUUGUUUCUAUUCCUCGUGGUGAUUUGUAAGAGAGUGACUUAGUGUGAGGCUGUAUCAUUUUGGUGUUGUACAAAUAAGUAAAUAAAAAUUGUGAAGCAGCUCAGCUGUACGUGGAGGGGGUUUCCUUAGCCACAACGUCAACAGUGUAUGUAAAAUGAAGUCUGUAAUAUUGGUGAAAAUGGACUGUUUUUUUUUUCUUUUCAGAUGUAAUGUAAACUUUGUACAGUAAAUAAAUAAAUAAAUACAUACAUACAUACAUAUAUAUUAUAUAUAUAUUUUCUAUCAACUGAGUUUGUCUUCCAGAACAGCUAUUAAUUUAAUUUAAAAUGGUUAAUAGUAUUAACAAACAGUUCUGCAUUAGUUCCUGUAACUGGCAAAAAUAAGUGAAUAAAAUACAUUCUAUGCUAAUGAAAUUCUGAAUAUUUUAGGGUUCUUUUGAGUGAAUAAAACUUUGGUCUGGAUGAACAAA